AUGGAGAAAGGGAAGAAGAAAAAGAAGUGGUGGAGGUUGUCUUCUUUGUUUGGAGCUGUGAAGAAACAUCUGAAGCGCAGCUCGAACCCAGUUCAGGGUGAAGUAGAGCUGCAGCAAGAGCAAGAGCAGAGUGAGGGAGUGAAGAACCAGAACCAGUGUAAAGACAGAUGCAGUGAUGACUACACUGUCAGACACAACCUCGUGAGUGAUCAGCUGUGUGAAGGUGGAUUUGACGCUGAGGCGACACGUUUGAAGGAUGACCCUGAACUUGGAUCUCCACAACGUCUUCCAGAAGAGAAGGACCUCAACAUCCUGAGCACUGCUGAUGCUGCUGAGGGAAACGACCAGGAGAGGAAGGUGAUGGAGAAAGAGAAGAAGAAAAAGAAGUGGAACCAGAAAGAACAGAAAGCCAGAUGCAGUGAUGACUUCAUUUCCAGCCACUACCAGCUGGGUGAUCUGCUGGGUGAAGGUGGAUUUGGUUCUGUGUAUGAGGCGAGACGUUUGGAGGAUGACCUUAAAGUGGCGGUCAAAUAUGUUAAUAAGACCGAAACCUACAGGCCAAGUUUAUACAUUCCUGGAUAUCAGCAACAUGUUCCACUGGAGAUCGCCCUCACAAUCCUGGCUAAUAAAGGCCCCAGAGUGCCAGAGAUCAUCCAGCUGCUGGACUGGAAGGACUACAGUGACCAUUUCGUCAUGAUCCUUGAAUGUCCCUCUCCUUGCGAGACUUUGGAAGACUUUGUGGGGCGUCAGGGUGGACGUCUCAACGAGAGCUUAGCACGGCGAGUCAUGAUGCAGGUGACUAAAGCUGCGAACGUGUGCUGCCAGCGCCAAGUGUUCCACCGUGACAUCAAACUGAGCAACCUUCUCAUCAACAACCAGACACUUGAAGUCAAACUAAUUGACUUUGGGUGUGGGGACAUUCUGAGGACAACUGUCUACAUGUCAUACUCUGGCACAGCAACAUACGUCCCUCCUGAGUUUCACAUAAAGGGAAAGUACCACGGCAAGCCUGCGACGGUUUGGUCACUGGGGGUUCUGUUAUUUAAAAUAGUGGCCGGAUAUUAUCCAGGUUUCUUAGAUCUGCACAUGCUCAAACUGCAUCUCUGGUCCAGAACUGGUCUGUCAAACGAAUGCUGCAGAUUGCUCCGCGCUCUCCUGCAAAUAAAGCCAAAGAACCGAAUUCAGCUGGAGGAAAUCCUUUCCCACAAGUGGUUUACGGCCACCACAUAAGACCACCUGAGAAGUUGUUGUAUCUUCAGCUCUCCAAUGGUUCCUGCAAUAGUUGCAGCAGUAUCAGAGGCCCAGUCUACCACCACGUCUGUCCCCCGCAGUCCAAAACA